AUGAAAGUUCUAUUAAAAAAUAGCUUUAAACGUAAUAAAGCCAAUUUUGAUCUUGUAAAAAAGUACGAAGUUGUCCAAUCUAAUCAUUUGAAAAGAAUGAAUUGGAUUUUAAGAAUUGAUAAAACAAGAAAAGAAUUCCCAUGGAAUCUUAUCAUCAUUUGUAAUAUCAACGAGAGCGAGAGACUGUGUAAAACACUCAUCGGUAUUCAAUUCACAGCUGAGAAAGUUUCUAUAGCGUAG